AACAAAUCCAAAAGCGCGCAUUAUCAGCUUAGAGUUCACCCAUCCAUUGGUGUCCUACUUCGUUCCAGCUCGCGAGAUUGGCCAAGGUUAAUCAACCACGGCGCGGGCAUUUAAAACCAUUGCAAGUGACCGCUAGGGAGGAAUUGUGAUGACCGAAUUGCCCAAAACUCCAUAUCCACACCACAACAAAAGACUACAAGAGACCGCGAGAGAGGGGCAGCUGGGCCAGGCCCGUCUGUCCGAAGCAAUGCCGCCGAGCGCGCGUGCCUCCUUCUCCGCCAGAGCGCUAGCAAGGCGCCAUGAUGGGGGAGAAAUUGCCCUCUCUCGCGCCAGAGCGGUUUGGGGGAGCAAAUCCAGGAACUGCCGCUUCUGGGAUCUAGGCUCCAGCGGUUUUCCGUCAGAGAAGCGCCUCUCUUCUGCCUAGCGCAUUAUUUUUAUAUCUGGCACUUGCCUGCUUUCCGUACUAGAUAAUGAGACUGUUUGCAUUACUGCCCGCCAUAGCCAUUGCGAUCUGGAGCACCGCGGCCCUUGGCCAGGAUGCCGCUGCAAGCGACGAGCUCGAGGGCGCAGAGUCCACGGUCGGCCAGACCAUCAAGGCGGUCCCCAAGGCCGACGGCAUCGUCGAGUUCAACAGGACAACGUACCUGGAUGCACUGAAGACGCACGACACGGUCCUGCUCGAGUUCUACGCCGACUGGUGCGAGGCCUGCCACUACCUGUCGUCCGAAUUCAACCGGUUUGCCGAGACAGCACAGAAGGAGCACCCGGAGGUGCUGAUUGCCCGCGUCGAUAUCUCGGAAGUCGAGUACCUGGCGUCGAGCUACCUCAUCGACACGCUGCCCGAAAUUGCCUUCCUGAGGCGCCCGCAGCCCGGAGCCACCCAUGAGGUGCGCUUUGUGUCGGCUGAGUUCAGCGAGCCUGCGCUGAUAAAGUACAUUGAAGGCGAGUGGGUAAAGGACAAGCCUGUUGGCGGAUACAAGACGGUGUGGUGCACGCCUGUCAACCUCUGCGGCCAUCUUGGCGGCAAGAUCGGCGAGAGUGUCGUCUACUUGGACGCAAACUUCAACACCUUCAAUAUGCCGCCCUGGGCCUUCAUGGGCAUUGUUGUCACCUUGCUCUAUGCCGUUGGCCAGAUUCUCGUCAUGUUCCUGGGCCGUCUGACCCGCCGCAAGCACCGCGAGCGCAUCUACAAAAAGUACGACAAGGCACCAGGCAUUGUUGGCUUCGACGAGUACAGAUCGGAUCUGCCCAAGAAGGACGCCGAUGCAGCGCCCAAGAAGAGCGCCAAGGCGCACAAGGGUAGCAAGCCGAAGAAGGCCAAGAAGGACUAGGCGCCGUCACUGUCUCCAGUAGAUACCGUUUUAAUAGAAAAGACAUGCAUAGUAGAA